CGGGACUUUAUCGGCAUUAACUCUAGGCUAAUAAUGAGGCAGCCUGUCCUUAUGGGCGGCACGCGCGAGGCGCGCCCUCCCUUGUCAGAUUGAGCUCAUGUAACACGUCGCUGUUGGAUGAUUAAGUCUUUGAGGGCGCCGCCGCCGCCGGCGGGCAAGCCCGCGCCUCCCACGGCCGCGGCGCGGGCCGAGGACCACGUUGCUACCGUGCUCGACGGCUCGGCGACGACGUGGGCUCGCAUCAAAGCCGCGAGCGACCUCGGCCGGGAGAUCGAGACGAUCAGGCGGCAGGGCCUCCCCGUCGGCGGCCUGGCCGCGGGCGCCGCGCCGCUCAUGGACGCGCUGCUGGAGCUCGUGGGGUACGCGUCGAAGCAGCAGCGCCUCUGGCAGGUCUGGUCGAUCAAGGCGCCGCCGCCCGGCGAGGCCACGGCGCGGCCGGCGCCGCCGGGCGCCGAGCUCACCGUCGCCGACGCGCGGACGGCGCGGCAGAACUGCGCGACGGUGCUCGGCCUCGUCGAGCUGCUCGCGGCCGGCGACCGCGCGGCGGCGCCCAGCGCGCGCGAGCCGCUCCGGCACCUGCCGGCCGAGCCCGAGAGCGUGCUCGCGCGGGCCAAGGUCAUGCGGCACGCGCUCGCGCGGAAGAAGCGCCGCGCGCGCGACGAGCUGAACCGCGAGCUCGCGGCCGCACGCGCCGAGGUCGCGCGGCGCCUCGCCUCGGAGGCGGCGGACGCCGACGACGCCGACGCCAGCGACGGCGGGGACGCGCCGGAGGACUCGGCGCCAACGGAAGACACCUUUUUUGACGCGGAGGCGGCGCUGGCGGCGCUGAACGCCGCGUCGGACCCGGACCGCGGCGUCGAGGCCAAGGUCGAGGCCGUCGAGCGGUCGCAGCCCAAGCCAGGCACCGUGACCAUGUCGCACGCGCUCGCCGCCUACGUCCAGAAGCUCGACGCGCGCGCCGCGUCCGCCGCGGCCGCGGUGCCGCGCUACGACCACCGGCGGUCGGUCGCGCGCGCGAACGCGCCCGGCGGCUACGUGCGGACGCGGCGCGGCGCGUACCGCGCGGCGGUCGCGCCGCCGCGGCGGCGGCGGCCGAUGGUCGCCUUCCUCGACGACGUCGCGGCGCCGCGCGACCUCGCGCGCGCGCCGCUCCGCCGCUCCGGCUCGGCGCCGGGCGCGCCGCUCGACGCCGACGCGGCGCUCGGCUACCGCGCGCCGCAGCUCGUCGUCGCCGCGCCGCGGCCGAGGCCGUCGCGCGGCGACCCGCUCGCCGUCCCGCCGCGCGCGCGCGACGCCGUCGAGCGCGCGCGGCGGCCCGCGACGUCCGACGCCGUCCUCGACGAGUACGAGCGCGUCGCCGCGCUCCGGACCUACGCGGGCAUGGCGCUCCGCGACCCCGCGCACCCGCGGGCCGCCGCGCUCCGCGCGCUGCUUCCCGACGCCGCGCGCGCCGCGCGGCGGCCCGCGUGGCUCGAGCCGGCGCUCGCGCCGCUCGCGCGCCCCCCGGCCCUGACGGCGACGGCGCCGCCUUCGCUCCUGACGGCGGCCGCGGCGCCGGCGCGGCCCACCGCCCCGCUCGCACUCGCGACUUCGACGACGACGACGACGACGACGACGACGACGCUCGCCGCCGCGCCGCUCUCGGCCGAGGCGCCCCCGGCGGCGGAGCCGCUCGUCGCCGUCUCCGCGGCGAGCGUCGAGCGCGCGGUCGCGUGGACGCCGCGGCGCGGCGCGCGGCCGACGCCGCCCGCGACGCUCGACGGCGGCAGCAGCCUCGGCCGCGGCACGAGCCUCUGGUCGGCGUCGUCGCCGUCGCGCGCCGGCGCGCCGCGCGAGGCCAUGUCGCCGCCGGCGGUCGGCGGCUGGGACUCGUACGCGGCGCGCGAGGCGCGGCGGACGGCCGUGGACGCGGACGCGCCGGAGGCCGCGGGCGGCGCGCUGCCCGCGGCGCUCGCGCUCUACGACGGCGGCGACGACGAGCGCCGCGCCGUCGCGCGCGUCGCCGCCGCCGAGGCGCGCGCCGGCGCGCGCGCGGCCGCCGGCGCGCCGCCGGCGUUCCGGCCGGCGGUCGCCGCGGCGCGCGCGGAGCGCAAGGAGGCGACGCGCACGCUGCGGCGCGCCGCCGCCGAGGCCAAGGCCGCGUGGCGCGCCGCGCGGACGCGCGCGAUCGUCCAGCACGGGCCCGUGGAGGCGUGGGCGCCGGGCGACGACGCGGCGAUGGCGCGCGUCGCGGCGUCGCGCGACGUCAUGCUGCGCGCCGAGGCCAAGGCGGCGGCGACGCACCGCGUCGAGGCGCACGCGCGCGUCGACGCGCAGCUCCGCGCGCUGCCGCUGCGGCUGCUCGCGAGCGCCUUCUGCGGCGGCGCGACGGCGGCGGCGGCCGCCGCGGCCGUGCGCGACCGGCUGCGGGCGGCGCUGGGGCGCUGGGUCGAGGAGUUCGAGCGCGCGCAGCGGACGGCGGCGCUCGCGCUCUGGCGCGUCGCGGGCCUCGAGCUGCGGCGCGCCGAGGCGCGCGUCGCGUACGCGCGGCACGCGGGCGCGCAGAAGCUCGGCCGCUUCCUCGCGCGGUGCCGGCGCCGCGGCGCCACGCGGUGCCUCCACAAGUGGGUCUCGCGGACGGGCUGGGCCAUCUUCUUCGAGCGCGCGGCCGGCGCGCUCCGCGUGCAGACGUGCUACCGCCGCGCGCGCGAGCGCGCGCGCUUCGUCGCCGCGCACGACGCGAACCCGCUCUACGCGUUCGCCGCCGUCGCGCUCGGCGAGGCGCGCGCCGCCGCGGACUGCGCGUUCCGCCUCGACGACCGCGUCCGCGCCGAGCGGCGCGAGAUGUGGUUCGCCGCGACGGUCAUCCAGGCGCGCCAGCGCCGCAACGAGUGGCGCGGCUACUACCUCCUCGCGCUGCGCGCGGCGACGGUCUUCGUCGCGCUCUACCGCAUGUGGCCCGUCCGCCGGCGCUACGCGCGCCUCCGCAACGCCGCGAUCUGCGUCGAGGCCUCGGCGCACAUGUUCCUCGCGCGGCGGCCGUUCCUGCGCGCGCGCGCGGCGGCGCGGACCGUCGCGCGGACCGUCCGCGGCCACCUCGGCCGCCUGCGGGCGGCGCGCGCGCGCGCGGCGCGGCGGCGCGCGCGCGAGGACGCCGUCGUCGCGCCGCGGACGGCGCAGCGCUACCUGCGCGGCUGCCUCGCGCGCGAGGCCGUCGCCGCGCACAAGCGCGAGCUCGCGAAGGAGGAGCGCUGCGCGCUGCGGCUCCAGUGCGCCUGGUACCGCAACCGCGACGCGUUCACGACGUUCCUGCUGCUGGGGUGCCUCCGGACGACGGACGAGGACGACAAGGCGCACGAGAAGCUCAUGCGGCGCUACAUGCGCGGCAAGGCCGCGACGCUCGUCAAGAAGCGCCACGGCGCGCACCGCGGGCGCGUCGCCAACGCCGCCGCGCGGCGCGUCCAGGGCGCGUGGCUCCGCUACGACUCGCACGACUACGUCAUGCGGCUGCGGCGCCAGAAGUGGGCCCGCCGCAAGAUCCGGUGCUUCCUGACGGCGCGCAUGAACCACCGCCACGACAGCUCGCGGCGCAUCGCCUUCUGCUGGUGGCGCGCGCUGCCCGGGCGCUUCCUCCGGCACCUCGAGCACGCGAUCGCGCGCUUCGAGGCCGGCGAGGAGCGGCUCGAGGCGGCGGCGCGCGAGGACGCCGCCGCGACGAUCCAGGCCGUCAUCAACGGGCAGCUCACGCGCGCGCGGCUGCGGAACGCCGCCGCGGCCGUCACGGCGCAGACGGCCGUCCGCGGGUGGCAGGCGCGCCUCGCCGCGCGCGCGCGCCGCGAGCGCCGCAAGGAGACGUUCGUCGGCCGCGCCGUCGACCGCCCGCUCCGCGACGCGCUGCUGUCGCGGCUCAACGACUACCGCCGCGCGCUCCACGUCUGGGCGGCGCCGAUCCAGGCGCGCGGCCGCGGGUGGCUCACGCGGUCGGCGCUGCGGCGCGUCGAGCGCGCCGCCGGCGCCUUCGCCGUCGCCGCCGCGACGAUCCAGCGCACGCAGCGGUCGCGCGCGCGCCUCGCGCUCGCGCGCGCGGCGGUCGCGGCCGCCAAGCGAGCGCGGCUCGGCGCGUACCGCUCGUGCGGCGCCGUCGCCGACGUGCUCGGCGCGGUGGCCUCCACGGCCGGGCCGCCCGCGGGCGGCGCCGAGCCGUGGCUCUGGUUUUCUCCCGCGGACCCCUGGGCCGGGGUGACCGCGGGCGCGCUGGCGCGGCGCGCGGGGCGGCCCGAGGCCGGGGCCAUGUUGGCGAACCGCCGCAUCUCGACGCUCCGCCAGCUCGCCGACCAUCGGCGCCGCGCCGGCCGCCUCAGCGCGCGACAGGAGGCCGACGAGGACGCGCUCGCGGAGUGCGCGAGCCUCGCGCGGGCCGUGCUCCGCCGGGCCGCCGGCGAAGGCGCGGCCGACGGCGACGCCGCGGCGCUCGAAGCCGCCCGGCCGCUCCGCGGCGACGAGCGGCCCCGCGCGAUCCUCGAAGUGUGCGCCCUCCGAUUCGGCAACCUGAGCCGCCGCCGCCGCGACGCCGGCGACGCGUCGGGCGUGGAGCUCGCCGCCCUGCCGCGGCCCUGCCAGGCGCUCGUCAAGGCGCUCGCCGACGGCGACCGGCCGGCGCCGCGCGAUCUCAGUCGCGCGGCGUACGCGCGCUUCGUCGCGCGGCACGGAGACGCGGCGCGGGCGCUGCAGGCGCUCGAGGACGGCGAGCUCGGGGGGCCGCCCUGGGCCGCGUCGAAGGCCGAGCGCGACGCGGACGACAAACGGAUUCGGGAGACCCUCCUGCACGGGCGCGUCGCGCUCGAAAAGUGCUGGGCGCUUCUCGAAGAGCGCGAGGGGGCGCUCGCGGCGGACGGGCUCCUCGGGUCGACGGUGCUCAGCGCGCUCGCCGACGGCGCGGCCGUCCGAGAGGUCGCCGCCGAGCGAAGCGCGGCCGCGGCGAAGGCCCUCGCGCGGGCCGAGGCGGAGGCGCGACAGCGCGCGGAGCAAAAGGACGCGCUCAAGCGGCUGUCCGCGGAGAAUGGCGGCGGCGGCGCGCGCGCCGCGAAGGCUCGCACGGCGAAGGGCUCGGGGCGAAAGCCGGACGCGCGGAAAAGGUAA